ACUCCAGCUCUGGGCGGAAACACGCUGCCUCGGAGGCGCCGGCGCCUAGUGAUUCCGGGAAUAGAAGGUGCGAGGGAGGGAGCGGGUGGCUCACUUAUCGCGGUGUUUCCUCUGUCUUCACUCCCGGGGGAGCUCUCGCGAGAGGAGCAAGAGGAAGAUGGCCGUGCCCUGUUUUUCGGUGUGAGGCAGCGACGGCGGCUGCGACGGCGAGACUGAGAUCCUGGUGUCGUGGGCACCUGAGCUCUAGCUCCCCCCAGCGAGCGCGCGUCCCUUCGUGCCUAGGCGAGAGCCGGCUCUUCCCCGGGAGAUGCGUUUGUCCCAGGCUCGGGGGCUCAGUGGGAGUUCAUGCUGCGCUGGAGGCUCUUGGCCACCGCUCUAAUCGCCUUGUGCCGCCGCAGCGCCAGCUCCGUCGCCAGCGGUGAGCCUCCCGAUUCCCCCCCUUGCCCCUGGCGGCGGCGAUGACUGGGGAGAAGAUCCGCUCACUGCGGAGGGACCACAAGCCCAGCAAAGAAGAAGGAGACCUGCUGGAGCCCGGGGAUGAGGAAGCGGCGGCUGCCCUCGGCGGCACCUUUACCAGAAGCAGGAUUGGCAAAGGCGGCAAAGCUUGUCAUAAGAUCUUCAGUAACCAUCACCACCGGCUACAGCUGAAGGCAGCUCCGGCCUCAUCCAAUCCCCCCGGCGCCCCGGCUCUGCCGCUGCACAAUUCCUCCGUGACUGCCACCUCCCAGUCCCCGGCCCUUCUGGCCGGCACCAACCCCGUUGCUGUCGUCGCGGAUGGAGGCAGUUGCCCCGCACACUACCCGGUGCACGAGUGCGUCUUCAAGGGGGAUGUGAGGAGACUCUCCUCUCUCAUCCGCACGCACAAUAUCGGGCAGAAAGAUAAUCACGGAAAUACUCCUUUACACCUUGCUGUGAUGUUAGGAAAUAAAGAAUGUGCCCAUUUACUUUUGGCUCACAAUGCUCCAGUCAAGGUGAAAAAUGCUCAGGGAUGGAGCCCUCUGGCGGAAGCCAUCAGCUAUGGAGAUAGACAGAUGAUUACAGCUCUUUUGAGGAAGCUUAAGCAGCAAUCCAGGGAAAGUGUUGAAGAAAAACGACCUCGAUUAUUAAAAGCCCUGAAAGAGCUAGGUGACUUUUAUCUAGAACUUCACUGGGAUUUUCAAAGCUGGGUGCCUUUACUUUCCCGAAUUCUGCCUUCUGAUGCAUGUAAAAUAUACAAACAAGGUAUCAAUAUCAGGCUUGACACAACUCUCAUAGACUUUACUGACAUGAAGUGCCAACGAGGGGAUCUAAGCUUCAUUUUCAAUGGGGAUGCGGCGCCCUCUGAGUCUUUUGUAGUAUUAGACAAUGAACAAAAAGUUUAUCAGCGAAUACAUCAUGAGGAAUCAGAGAUGGAAACAGAAGAAGAGGUGGAUAUUUUAAUGAGCAGUGAUAUUUACUCUGCAACUUUAUCAACAAAAUCAAUUUCUUUCACGCGUGCCCAGACAGGAUGGCUUUUUCGGGAAGAUAAAACAGAAAGAGUAGGAAACUUUUUGGCAGACUUUUAUCUGGUGAAUGGACUUGUUUUAGAAUCAAGGAAAAGAAGAGAACAUCUCAGUGAAGAGGAUAUUCUUCGAAAUAAGGCCAUCAUGGAGAGUUUGAGUAAAGGUGGAAACAUAAUGGAACAGAAUUUUGAGCCGAUUCGAAGACAGUCUCUUACACCUCCUCCUCAGAACACUAUUACAUGGGAAGAAUAUAUAUCUGCUGAAAAUGGAAAAGCUCCUCAUCUGGGUAGAGAAUUGGUGUGCAAAGAGAGUAAGAAAACGUUUAAAGCUACGAUAGCCAUGAGCCAGGAAUUUCCCUUAGGGAUAGAGUUAUUAUUGAAUGUUUUAGAAGUAGUAGCUCCCUUCAAGCACUUUAACAAGCUUAGAGAAUUUGUUCAGAUGAAGCUUCCUCCAGGCUUUCCUGUAAAAUUAGAUAUACCUGUGUUUCCCACAAUCACAGCCACUGUGACUUUUCAGGAGUUUCGAUACGAUGAAUUUGAUGGCUCCAUCUUUACUAUACCUGAUGACUACAAGGAAGACCCAAGCCGUUUUCCUGAUCUUUAACUGAUGUGGAAAAGGAUGCCGUCUAACCAAGGAAAGAAAAUACAGAGACUCUAGAAGUGGAUCCAAAUAGAAGGGACAAAUGCUUUCAGUGAAGAAAAGGGAAUUACACAUUGAAUCGACACAUCAGUAAUACGAUACAGUAAAAUGGGCCUCUAAUAAGAAUUUCAGCGAGUUUUCUGAUGUGCCAUUUUUGGUCUUUUUAAAAAUAUACAUAUUAUAAAUGUAAUAGUUUGACACAUUAAUGACCCUAAGACCUUCGUAUGUAAAGCAGCUAUGAGUGCUGUGAUUUGUUUUUAAAAAUUUUUACACUUCUUGUUGAAAUAUAUAUGCAUAUAAAUAUAUCUAUAUCUAUAUCUAUAUCUAAAACACUCCUGGACCAUUAACGUAAAUUAAAUGUCUUAAGAGAUAUGGAGCCCUUUUAAACUUGUCAUCUUUAUGCAAGGUGACAUUUAUAAAUAUUCCUUCGAGCUUUGUUUUCAUAAAAUGUAAACUAUGUAACAUUAUGUAUAGUUCAGUAAUUUGAAUGUUUGUUCAAUAUAAUGAACUAGAAGGAAUGCAAUUUUCUGUAGAUGAAUGAACCAAAUGGUAACCAUUAAACAAUUGCAUUUAUACGUUGCAAUACAUUUCAGAAGGAGCGUUCACUCUGCAGGGAAUAAGGUACCUCCUUUAGCACCUUAGUGCAAUUCGUUGUGGUGCUAUUUGUUUUUACCUGAAUGUUUGUUACUAAUCUUCCUUUCAUAGAACCUCUAUUUUUUUUUUCUAAACUUGAGUUUGAGUCCUUGUUAUGUUCAUCAUAAGGUAAUGGUUAGCAUGUUUAAAGAUAUUCCUCUUCCAAAUCUCAGCACUUUAAAAAAAAUUCCAAAUUUUUAAACUUGCUUCCUAAUAAGUGCACAUCAGUCUGAUUAUUUUGUUUUUAGUAGAAUAUGGAUGCAUUGGUGUCAGUUUUAAAAAACAAUACACAUAUUUUGGACAACCCUACAUAUUUAAUCUUUUCAAAAUAAGAUAAAAACAUUUUAUAUGCUAACAGAAUAUAUUUGUUACAAGUUAAAGUCCAGAAGUAUACACAAGAUUGAUUACUCCUAUUAUUUUUUUUAAAUCACAGGAAAAUAUUGAUUUCAUUGUCCCCAAAGUGAUAAAAUCAUGUAUUACUCAUUUUUGCACUUAAAAUUUUUCUUAUUUAUUCCAAGAUAGUUUGAAGGUCCAAGUAUGAAAAUAAAUUAGGGGGAUUAAUAUAUAACAGUUAUAAAGUAUCAUGUUGUAUUAAAGAGCUUACUUAGAUUGAUGUUUUUAAAAUGUAUCCUGAUGAAUGUCUCAAGAAUGCAUCUGUCAAGUUUUUUAGACUGACCAGUAGCUUAAACUUUUUCCAGGAUUUUAGGUAAUUUGAAAGGAGUUUAGAGACCCUUAUUGAAAAUAAGAUUUAAAAAUCCAAAGCAUAAACCGUAAGAAAAAUUUUAAAUAAACAUCUUUAAAGCUGCAUCUUCCAUACUGAUACAUGCAUUGCAUAUGUUGACAUUAAAUACAUUUUAUAAUGAAGAAAAAUAAUCAUAGUUAAAAAUUGAAAGACCUAAUUACUACCUUACAUGGACCUAUUGAAUUUUGGGGGAGCAUGUUAGUAAACCCAGACUAGCUUUCUUGAAUAGAAGUUGAUCCCUGUUAUUCAGGAAAUGGGUAGAUCAAAUGACUUAGAGACUGAAUUAUCCUAUCAGUGGUUACGUGGGGUUGGAGACACUGAAAGGCAGUGAUCACUGUUGCUUCUAGGCUCCCUUUGUAGGAAUAUGGUAUACUUUCAGGAAUGUGCUAUAUAUGUUUUCAUAAGUAUAGACACCUUAGGGAGGAAAAAAACGUGGGUAAUCGAAGCUUGUGGUUGAUUAAUUUCCUAACAGCACAGCUAUGAAUAUUUUGCUGGGGUACACUGGAGGUAGGAAGACUACUGGAAAUUUUUGCACUUGAAUUUUGUUUUUAAAGCUUUUUUCUUUAAAGAAUGGUAGAAACAGAUUAUCCAUUCCAAAAUGUCUUUUCUCUGAUCACAAAGAGCAAACAAAUGUCAAUAUCUCUUAUGAUGGUGAAAAAAGGAAUUAAUCGAUGCAAAUAAACUUUUCACAGUAUUACUUUUAAUGAA